AUGGCUGAAGACACAAACAAAUCGGGUAGGCUUGGGCACCCAAGCACGAUCCUGAGAUUAUGUAACAAAGCUGGAGUGCUCUUCGAGGAUGAAGAUACAGAGAAGGUGAAAGGAACCAGAGGAAUUACAAAGAGAAAAAUGGAAGGCCUUAAUGAAGAGGAGGAGGAAGAUCAAGAAGAAGAAAGAACUCACAGAAGAAGAAGGUCACACAGGAGGGAUGAACAAGCUCAGGGUAUCAUAGAUAUGAGUCAAUUGCAGGAAGUUCUUGAUGAAAUAUCACAACAGAAUAUGAGAGCACAAGAGCAGUAUUCAAGGCAACAGGAACUCUAUCUGCAACAACAAGAGCAAUAUCUAGAGCACCGAGAACAAUAUUCAAAGGACAGGGAGCAAAAUGAAGCUUGGCAACACAGAAUGGAGGAAAGAUUGGAGAGCUGGCAGCAACAAUCAAUGGCCCAACAACAAGAAUUCCAAGCCAAUAUUCUUGAAGGACAGAAGGAACAAACAGCAAAUCUUAAAGAAUCAUAUGACAAAAUGUUCCUAACUCAAGCCAAGUAUGGGGAAUAUACUCACAACCUGUACCAGUGGAAGAAUAUUCAUCACACCAUUGGAGAGGUUAGACAUGUGCAACAAUCAGAUUGUAAUGAGGAUGUACAAGCAAGGUUGGAAUAUUUAACCCGCUGCAUGCCAGUACUAAAUCCACAAAUCAAAUCAUUCGAUCAAUGCCAAGAACUUAGAGACCGCCAGGCAGCAAAGUCUCAACUUAAUACCCAGGUAGCAUUCCAAAGAUUAGAGGCAGUUGGGCUCUCAGGUCUCACAGAUCCUGUUUGGGAAAGAAGAUGUCCUCGUGAAGAAGCUCAAGAUUAUACACAGACGAGGAAGAAGAGGAAGGGAGAAUCCAGCAAAUCCAAAAGAAUGGAAAUGCCUGACAAAUAG